AAACAAUCCAACUGUUUCCUUGGAAGAGUCCUCUCUCAAUCCUUUUCUUGAGUUGAGUCGGUCAUUCUUGUUCUGCCACGCCAAUUCUCUUUCUCCUCGCAUUAACAACUAAAGACGCCUUGCCAAACCAUGCCUGCUUUCUUCAUCUUCAACGCCGACUUUUCUAUCGGCAGGUAAACAGAUGAGGGUAUGGAUCAAGAUUCUACUUCCGGCGAUCGCUGCCGCCCUCCUCCUCGUAAUUCUACUUCUGUGGCGCCGCCGCCUCCGCAGGCGCUUCCCUUCCCCUCCGGAUGCCGCCCCCCGAUUGCCUCAAUCAGCGAGCAAGGUUAGAAGCCAGAGCCUGAGCCUCCAUGCUGGGAUCGCCAAGCUGCAGUUUCCCUACCGUUCCAGCACCGGACGCAAGCCCAGCUUCUUCUCGAACCACUUCCACCACGACUACGAAUCUGCCGGCCAGGCGCCGGUGCAGUUCAAUUGGGACGAGCAUCCGCGGUUGGUGGUGGAGGCGGUGGAGCACGGAUGGUCACGCUUCGUGUUUGCAGGCGGGCGGCCGCCGGACGCCGCGGCGCCGGGUGCCUGGGGGAUGUGCGCCGCCUGCGACAAUGGCGGCACUGUGGAGACGAACUGGGAGGUGCCGCCGGGGGCAUCGGAGUUCUCGCAGACGGUUAGGCUGCAUCCGAGAGGGAGGAGGAGCAGCAUGAGCAGCCCGCUGGCUCUCCACCGCGAGGGGGGCACUGCCACGUCGAGGAUGCUCCUCCCGUUGCCCGGCCCGCCGCUCGGUGUGUCCUCCUUCCCUCAAGAAGCGUACCUCGAGAUCACCGUCCUGUACCUGAAACCGCCGCCGCCGCCGCCUUCUCGAACCAAUAAGCGAACCAAACCGACGGACGCCGAAAAGGAAACCGAUCGCGCGAAGCUGAUCGCGGAGAAUUCAAAUUCCUUCGAGUUCCAAUCCAUUCAUCCCUCUGCAACCGAUCAAAUCGAUCGUCCAAUCCAAGAAGCCAACGCACACACCAAAGAGGAAGAAGGCAACCAAAGCCAGAACGCAACUCUAUCCUUGGGCCUCGCCCACGGCGGAACACUCCCCAGUGGAUCGUUCUCCGGCACAUACCCAGGCUCCAUCGGCUUCCACUCCAAUGGCUCUGUCUAUCUCGACGGAAAAAAGCUAAUUUUCGAAUCAGAGAAAGCGGAGUGGGCGGAGGCGAACAGGGUAAUCGGCUGCGGCUUCGACCCGAGGAAGAAGAAGGUGUUCUUCACGGUUGACUCCAAGCUGAUGCACGUCAUCCACUGCCACUCCGACAUGUACAAAGCUCCCCUGUUCCCGAUUCUCGGAUCAAACACCGACGCCAUGGUUCUGGUCAAUUUGGGGCAGAGCAGAUUCAAGUACGAACCAGCCAACGCGCACAGGACGCCGAAUCCUUGCUUCAUCCGCUCCUCGUCGGUCGACUACGGCGCCGCCGCCAUAAGCGACGACGAUAGCCGGGAGCUCUUCUCCAUGGGACGGAUCGACGCGCAGUGGUUCGACGCAGCUAAAAAGAGCCAGAGCGGCACCAAGAAGAGCAACGCGAAUCACGAGUCAAGCUACGCGGUGGAUGUGGACGCGGAUUCUGAUCUUUUUGAGAUCUCCCUGCACAUCUAACAGGAUCGACGGAAGUGAUGGUGGUGACCGGUGACGGAGAAACACAGCGACAAAGAACAAAAAAAAAGAGUUGGCAGAAAAGACAGCGACUAGAAUCGCACACUUCUGGUGUCGAAGAUCAUUCAAUACGCUUAAAAUACGAAGCAAUGCUUUCUUUGUAAAGAUUAUUUUACACAAAACUGACAUUGAGAGUGACAUUCUCCUGUUUGGUUAGGAUUUUUUCGGGCUGAUAAGAUAAUAUAGGUUAGUAGUGUUUGGUUUUUUUUUAGGAAUUGAAAUCAGAAUGAGUAUGAUAGUAUUAUUGAAUGGAAAUGUGUAUGAGCUUAGAUAUUAUUCUU